GCCCCCUAUUGAUUUGUACAAAAGCUCUGUUCCCCCUUCUCACCUCAAAUUGCUCACACUGACCUCUCAACAAAUCUUGAAAAAAAGUUUCAUUUUUUUGUUCUUCUUUCCAUUAAUGUCUGAUAGUAAUAGCUGCAACUCUCGUCACUUUUCAUGGCUAAUGAAAUCUUGUUUUCCCAAUACCCAACAACCCCCACCCCACCACCCUACCCCUAUACCCACCACUACCACCAUUUCUUCACUCCCCGAUGACCUCCUUCUUGAAUGUUUAUCAAGAGUCGCUCAUUCUUCACUUCCACAUUUGCCUUUAGUCUGUUCUCGUUGGGCUUAUCUUCUUGAUUCUCCGAUUUUUCACUUACUCAGAAUCCGGAAUCAUCUGGUUUGUUUUACCCUUUUUGUGGUCUCGUGCUCUGAUGGUGCACUCUUGACCGCUAGUUACAGACUGGAAAACGAUAAUGAGUGGAAUAUUUCAUCAUUGAAUUACCCGUUUUUUGAAAAUGGGUUUCGGGUAUUAGCAAUUGGUCGGAGAAUCUAUGUCAUUGGUCGGACGGUGAUGCUCCGGUGUGAUACCUGGACCGGUAAAGUAGUCGAGCUACACGGACCGGUUAACCUGAGGAAGAAGUUCGCCGCGGCGGUCGUUGGUGGGAAAAUAUACGUCGCAGGCGGUAGUGCAGGUGCUACGGCGGUGGAGGAGUAUGAUCCGAAGAGUGAAAAAUGGCGCGUGGUGUGUAACGCGCCGAGGAAGAGGUACGGCUGCGUCGGAGCAUCAAUCGACGGAGUGUUUUACAUAAUCGGAGGACUCAAACUCGGCAGCGCGUCGGGGAAUCAAUCAGCGCGUGGUUAUCCCAGCUCAAUGGAUUCAUACGAUACUGUAAAUGGGGUUUGGUUGAAACCCCGAUCGGUUCCCGGCGGCGGCUGCAUUGUAGCAGCAGCGGCAACGGCAGCCGGAGAAAUUUACAUUCUGUCAAGUCACGCGGUGGAAUUAUCGUUCUGGAAGUUCAAUGGGGUGAGAAAGAGCAGUGGAUUCGGCGAAUGGCGCAGGAUAAAGUCGCCGCCUUUGCCGGCUCAGGUUAGGUUGGACAGUACGGUGAGAUUUAGUUGUGAAGCAAUUGGUGAGAAAGUGGUACUUGUGCAAGUAAAUGGAUGUAUCGAUGAUUUGCUAAGGCGGAGUGGGAGACCGGAGAGAGGGAUGAAGGAAGGGUUAGUGUUGGUUUAUGAUUGUGUUGUAGGAGAAUGGAGUAGAGGUGUUGAUUUGCCGGAGGUUAUUCGCCGGUCGGCAUGUGUUUGUGUUGAGUGCUAGUUAUCUUAAUUCAUUCACUUGUUAUUUGUGAUUGAUCACACUCACAUUGUUUGAUCUCGAGCCAGUUUCUGCCUCAACUUUUCAGUCUACUAGUAUGAACAACAUAGGUCCACUAUAUGCGAAUAUAUUGAGUUAUAUUGUUGUAUUUAUAUUUGAUUACAUUUACAUUGAUUGUUGCACUUGAUGAGUUGAGGAUAUUUCGAAAAACAAUCGCUCUAUCUUAAUGAAAUAAUGAUAAAAUCUUUGUGCAUUUUAUCAUCCCCGAAUAAAUAAACCUCACUUGUGGGGAUAUUCGCUGGUUGG